AUCCGCUGGCGGCGGCGUGGGCGCGCGUUGCCGGGCAGUCAGCUGGCCGCGGGGCGAUAAGAGGGCGGGCGGCGGAGGGCGGCCGCGUUAGGGAGCUUGGUCGCGUCCUGCCGGUCAUCGGAGGGGGAGGGAGGAAGGCGUCCGCUCCGCUAUGGCUGAGACGAUCGCGGACACCCGGCGGCUGAUCAGCAAGCCGCAGAACCUGAACGACGCCUACGGGCCUCCCAGCAACUUCCUAGAGAUCGACGUGGGCAACCCGCAGACCGUGGGAGUGGGCCGCGGCCGCUUCACCACCUACGAGAUCCGCGUCAAGACCAAUCUCCCUAUCUUCAAAUUGAAAGAAUCUACAGUCAGAAGAAGAUACAGUGACUUUGAAUGGCUAAGGAAUGAACUAGAAAGAGAAAGCAAGGUCGUGGUACCACCUUUACCAGGAAAAGCUCUUCUUCGUCAGCUCCCCUUCCGAGGAGAUGAUGGCAUAUUUGAUGAUUCCUUUAUAGAGGAAAGGAAGCAAGCUCUUGAGCAAUUCAUAAACAAGGUUGCAGGCCACCCACUGGCACAGAAUGAGCGCUGUCUUCAUAUGUUCUUACAAGAUGAAGUAAUAGACAAAAACUACACACCAUCCAAAAUAAGACAUACUUGAAUUCUGAAAACCUUUCCAAACAUUACUGGUUCUUAUGCUUGAUUUUUAAGAGGUUGUAGUUUGUCUUAGCAUGCUGAGGAUAAACAGGCACAAAGUCUCCACUAACAUCAGUACACUGCUUGGUCUUUGCAUAUACUUUAUAGCAUUAAAAAACUCACUUGUCUUUUAGCUAAAUCCCUCUGAUUUAAGAGUACUAUAUUAUGAGACCAUCCACCUCUUGCAAUGUCUCACAAACCUUUCCACUCAUUUGCGAUGACUUAACAAUGUUUACUGACUUGGCCUUACUUGAACUUGCACAGUUGUAGUGUCACAUGUUCACUUGUAUUUGACUAAACUGCUAUGCUUUCUGAGGUAGUCAUUUGUCUGAACUUCUUUAAGAGACUGCUUUCUUUCUGAUAACCCUGUGUGAGAUACACUUAUGCAAUUGUCUUCAAGCUUGUGAAACACUUUAUACUGAAGUAAUGAGGGAAUUAUCUUUAUAUUCUGUAAGAGGGAAAAAAAUCAAAUUUAUAUACUAAAAUAACUUGUCUAAAGUUUUGAAAUAAAAGUGAAAAUGCACUUCAGAUGUUUGUCACUCUUGACCUUGAGUGUGGAUUAUCUCAUUUCUGAGAAGCAAAGACUUUGCUAUAGUAAGUGAACUGAUGUUUCAGCCUUGCUGUAAUAUUCUUCUGCAAGGUAGUGCUUUGCCCCUAACACUAAAUACCCUUAGAUACAGGCAUUCACCAAUCCAGUGUUAUAGAAUGGCUUGGGUUGGAAGGGACCUCAAGGAUCAUCAGAGAUGGGCAUCCACAACCUGUCUGGGCAACCUGUUCCAGCACUUCACCACCCUCUCAGUGGUAAAAGUGUUAUUGCUAAAGGUAUUAAGGAGUACUGGUCCCAAGACAGCCCGCUGAAGGAAAUCACUUAUCACCAGCCUUCACCUGGCUGUAGAGCUGUUGUCCAUAACCCUCUGUCUAUGACUUUCUAACCAAUUCCUUAUCCAUCAAUAGUCCACCCUUAAAAUCUGUAUUUCUCAAUUUUAGGGAUGAGGAUGUGGUGGGGAACCAUGUCAUCAGUUGCCUUCCCUUUGUCCACUGAUGGCAUCACUUACAGAAGGCUGCUAGUCUAGUCAGGGAUGACCUUCCCUUGCUGAAGCUGUGCUGGCUGUCUCAGAUAACCUGCUUGUGCCAUGUGUGCCUUAACAUGUCUUCUAGGAGGAUCUGUUCUAUGGUGUUACCAAGCACAAAGGUGAAGCUUACUGGCCUGUAGUUCCCUGGAUCCUCCAUCACUUAUAAAUGGGAGCGAUGUUUUCCUUUUUGUUAUGUUAUGAAACACGGAAAGUAUUCAAGGUUGUUCCAGUGCUGUGGACCUAAAGCCUCAACUGUGUUCAUGUCAGGUAGUCAACAGAUGCAGGGCUUCAUUAAACUUGGAAUGAGAAUACCUCUUCACUUGGUAUGAGAAGCCUCAAUCUAGAUUCAGCUAUUACAUGAAAAUUAUACCAUUCUACAGAGGAAAAAAAUGUUGACAUAACCCAUGAUAGGGCUUUUGGGUCCUAUAGCUGAAGAUUAAGGUGGCUCUGAUCUGCAUAUGCCAUUAGGGGUAUGGAAUCAUGCAAGCAUGCUAUGCAAUGUGGUCACUUCCCUGAACAUUAAAAGAAGGAAAGGCUGUAGCAUUGUGCUUGUAUGACCAAUGGUGAAAAGCAGAUUAUGAACUCCUGGACUUGAGUUUGCAAGCAACAUUGUUGGAAUAAUCUUUGUCCCUAAAUGCUUCUGUGUCUAGAAAAGCCUCCUUAGUACUCUGAAUUAUGAUGUGGAAGUUACCUAUCCAGAUGCUCUUGAAAACCAAUUCAAGAACACUAGUAGCAGUCUGUCCAGUGUUUUGUGUUCUUCUUAACAGUGCAUGUUCUAAACAAUUUGGGUGCAUGUUGGCUUAGAGUUGGUUUUGCUGCUUUUUCCUUCUUACAUAUAAAAUAUACUCUGUUCUAUCACUAUGUAGAGAAGUGCAACAUGCAAAACAUGCAAAGUUACUAAUUUUCUUUUAAAAAGACUGUUAAUCUCAUUUUAAACUUCUGCUCUGUCAUUUGUAUAGAAUUCUGGAUGUGAAAGCUUGAGCUGACAAAACAGUGGUGGGCUGACUGGGUUGUGUGUAGUAUCAGUGAAUACCUGUCUUUAAGCAUUCUACUUUGUGGCUGCAAUAAAACAAGAAUUCAUUUCUGCCUUUAUCAACAAA